AUGGAUGUUUUAAAGGAGAUGUCUGUGUUAAACGCUUAUUGCAAAUACCUCGAGGAGUUAUAUGGAACGGCUAAUCUUGACAUUGCGGAAAACAUAUUAGCUGUCGUUAAGAAGUGUAACUCACGUGGAGAGUUCAUCACAAAAUUUGAGAAAAUUUUGACUGUCGAUGAUCCUGAAAAACUGGGAAAGUUUUUCGACAUUUACGAUUCAAAUCAACACUUUCAAAAAAUGAAUACCAGACGACGAGGCCCAGAGAUUCCUGUCCACAAACGACGAGGAAGAGAGACAGAACGAGUUGCCGAAAGGAGGAGAGACACUUCAGAAGAACGAGCCGAGAUGGAAAAAUUGGUUGCUGCUGGUGUAAUGAAGCAAUCUGAUCUCCCCGCGUUGGAUCUCAAAAUAGAAGAGAUGACUGUUGGUGACGUGGAAUUAAAUAUUGACGAGCCAGAUUUUUUGAAAGGGAAAGUCAAACAAAUUUUCGAAACUAAUUUAUUGGAAGUCAACAGACAACCAGAGGGACAUUUACAGAGAAGCGCACAGAUGUCACUAACCCUUGCGAAAAAGAGAAGGGACACAAAAACGAAAGAAGAGAAACUGGAAAGUGGAACUGACAAAUCACAAAAACAAAGAAGCGAGAUUGACAGUUGGAGGAAUGACACGACGCUUGAGAGGAGAAAAAAAGAGGGAGAAUGCAAAAAAAGUGAAAAAAUACAGAGUGAAAACUCGCCAUUCAAAGAGGUCGUCAUCGGAGCCGACGAGAUAAGGAAGUGGGAAGAAAACGAAAAGAGCGCAGAAAAUACUUUCCACAAGAGUAUUCAAGAAAAGAGAAAGGAACUCCCAAUAUUUUCCAUGAGAGGAGAACUGAUGGAAAAAAUCAAGAACAACCAAAUAUUGAUUAUCAUUGGGGAAACUGGGUGUGGAAAGACAACACAAAUUACACAAUAUUUGGACGAGGAGGGGUACUCGAAAGGUGGGAGAAUAGGGUGCACACAACCGCGUCGAGUAGCAACCAUAAGCGUGUCACAAAGAGUGUCGGAGGAAAUGGGGUGCAAAGUGAGCGAAGAGGUCGGGUAUUAUAUUCGAUUUGAUGACAGGACGUCCCGAAAGACGCGAAUUAAGUAUAUGACUGAUGGUAUGUUGUUGAGAGAGUACUUGACAGAUCCUGAUAUGAAACAAUACUCCGUUAUAAUUUUGGAUGAAGCCCACGAAAGAACUGUGGGAACUGAUAUUUUGUUUGGGUUGUUGAAACAGACGUGUUUGAGGAGAAAGAACUUCAAAUUAAUUGUAACUUCCGCAACACUUGAAGCGGAGAAGUUUUCUGAAUAUUUCCUGAAGGCGCCAAUAGUAAGAAUCCCCGGAAGAACGUACCCUGUGACGAUUGAGUAUUUGAGAGAACCUGAGAUGGAUUAUGUUUAUGCUGGAAUAGAAAUAAUUUUACAAAUUCACAUGAACGAAGAUCCGGGAGACAUUUUAUUCUUUUUGACAGGGCAAGAGGAGAUUGAUAAUGUAUGCAAUGCGAUCAACGCAAAGUCGAAAACCUUUUCUAAAAACUGCCCCAAAUUAAAAGCACUUCCAAUAUACGCCGCACUGCCAACAGAUCAACAAAAACAGAUAUUCGAGCCAGCGGAAAAAUUUUGCAGAAAGUGUGUUGUUGCAACAAACAUUGCAGAGACAUCCAUCACCAUUGACGGGAUCAAAUACGUCGUCGACUCGGGGUUUGUCAAACAGAAUGUCUACAACCCCAAACUUGGGAUGGACCAGUUGUUGAUCACGCCAAUAAGCCAAGCGUGCGCCUCACAGCGUUCUGGUAGAGCAGGAAGAACUGGUCCUGGAAAGUGUUUCAGGUUGUACACCGAGGCUGCGUUCGACCAUGAAAUGACGCAAAUGACGGUUCCUGAAAUACAAAGAGCAAACUUGGAGACAACUGUCUUGUUGUUAAAGGCAAUGGGAAUACAAAAUGUACAGAAAUUCGAUUUCAUGGAUCCACCAGUCGAAACAGCGUUGUACAGCGCAAUGCACCACUUAUUUUCAAUUGGGGCGUUGGACGAUAACGGUGAGCUGACACGUGUUGGGACCAAAAUGUCUGAAUUUCCACUUGAACCUCCAUUGGCAAAAAUGCUCAUUUCCUCCGAGGAGUUCAAGUGUUCGGAAGAAGCUGCCACCGUUGUUGCGGCGCUUUCUGUUGGGAACUUUUUCUACCGACCAAAAGAAAAAGCCGAAGAGGCGGAGAGGAGGAAAAAGGAUUUUGAAAAUGUUGCUGGCGAUCAGAUAACAUUAUUACACGUAUACAACCAGUGGAUUAAAAAUGGGAAAACUGGCAGUUGGUGCAAGAGCCAUUACAUUAACUUGCGGUCGCUUUUGAGGUGUGAAGAAGUUCGAAACCAAAUUGUUAAAAUUAUGAAAAAGUACAACAUAGAAAUGGUGAGUUGUGGUGGAGACACAACACCGGUUUUGAAGUGCAUUGUUGCUGGGUUCUUUGUCCAUGCGGCAAAGAGAGAUGCACAAGAAGGUUACCGAACCGUUGUUGAUGGACAGCAAGUGUUUUUACACCCAACCUCGGCUUUGUUUGGUCGAAACCCUGAGUGGGUUGUCUACCAUGAACUGGUCUUGACAAGCAAAGAGUACAUGAGAGAGACAAUCUCCAUUGACCCCAAGUGGUUGAUUGAACUUGCCCCCGCGUUUUACCAAGUGGCUGAUGGGAAGCACCUGAACGAAAGAAUGAGAAAAGAAAAAAUAAAGCCACUCCAUGACAGGUUUAACAAAGACCAAAACACAUGGAAAGUUGGCAAUAGAUUGUUUGUUUUUGGAUUUACAAAGAAUUUCACGUAUUUAUUUCAAUUAUAA